UCCUCACAAAGUCCCUCUUACAUGUAUCGACACCUCGCAAACCCGCCAACAUGGACACCUCACGAGACUCAUCAAAUCUGCUCGACACGCACAAUCGGCUCAUCGCCGACGUACUCUCCCGCUUCCGCAUGCUCACAAUGCUCGCAACGAUCCAAGCCGAAGGGGAGCGUAAGAACGUUGAGCCUCAGACGGUCGCUGUGACGGGCAUGUCGAUGCAGAUGGAAUUCGAAGGACUGCACACAUCAAUCAAAGACCUCCUCGCGCUUAGCCGCCGCCUGAAAGAGCUCUGGCUGUUCGGCAAGCUAGGCCAGGGAGAAGGCGACGCGCGCAUCCAGGCGGACAAGCUUCAGGCUGACGUGGUCCGGUGCGCGGAGCUCCUCAACGCCAUCCAGGAGACGCGCUUUGCUGGCAUUGCAGCCGCGGCAGAGGGCAAAUGGGUGCCGAUGGGUCGCGCGGAUGGUGCAUCUGGAGAGAGUGCUGCUGCUGCUGCUGCGGCUGCGGUUCCCCCGCCUGCUGCUCCGACGGCUCCGAAUGGGGCUGGUGGCGCUGCGUAGGCACGGGAUGAUGGAUUGACUUGAGAAGUCGGAGGGAGAAUGGCGAAAACUACGAUUUGCAUGCUUUGGCAUUUGGGCUUGGGGUUCCCGAGAUGAGGACAACGUGUCUCAGGACACGCAAUGCUGAUACCCGUAUACAGAGGACGGAAAGGG